ACGGGGCUAACAUUACGGCGUGGAUCAGCUGAACAUGGACUUGGGCUUUCAUACCUACGAACACGGUUUACUGUUACAUAACAUUACUAUCCACCGGAGAGCACUGUGAUGACCUUUUUGCGUGGGGUCUGUGGCAUUCCUGUACGGAGGAUUCAUCAAUAGUUUUCGUGGACUUUCAAUAUUGUGUAACCGAUUUCGCAGAGACUUGAUGACCUCAUGAGGCGCAGGAUUCGAAACCCAAGACGAAUGAAGACCUUCACUCUGAUGUACAAUUAAAUCGACGUCACCACAUUUAUCAUAAUUGAUAAUACGACUUGAAGUUCGUUCUGUAAGACUGCUUUCGACCAAGCAACAUUAAAGAGACAUGACUUCAAAGGCUUUACCCCUUCCCAACUGAACUUGGAUAUGAUUUAGAGGCGGUCUUGGAGGAUCACAUACCAGCACAAGAGGCGGUGUACCAACCAUGAAAGAUAAUAAUGUUCUUGUUGAUGGCUUUGGUGGGCCGGAUUUCUGCAAAAAUGUUAAAGAGACGAUAGGAAGCAACCAUGGAACGAAUGGACUUCACUUCCAGACCCAUACCACCUUCUCCUCCUCGGCGGAUCUUACCCUACGUCCCCUGACCUUUGGCCCGCCACCACCAACAGCCCUCCCCAUCCACCCCACCAAUGCCAUCGUCGACGCAACGACGCAAGGGACGCCACAAGGCUAUGGGUUGUCCUCAAAGGAUAUGCCAUUAAAUGGGAUGAGGGAGGAAGCACCCGGGAAGGGACAGUCCUCUUCGGUUCCGACCCUCUCCAAUGGCUUCAUACGUGAUGUCUCCAAUGCCUGGUUGCACACUCUCGCCGACCUCUGCGACUGGAAAUCAAAGCAAGACAAGUCACCACCAAACGUAACACACUUGAAUGGCGCCCUCACACCCACAAUGGCUCCAGACUGUGACAAACCGUUAAACGAGCUAGGGAAUUGCUUUUUGAGGAAGGAAACGAAUGGGUUCUCUGCAAAUGGCAGCACGCCUCGAAGCGAUUACAUGAUUUCGACCAUCCUAGCUGGAAGCUCGGGUUCGGUUAGUAAUCAUGAUGCUAUGGUCACGAACGGAGGUGACAUCAACCAAUCCAGCAGGAACUCAAAGAUCAAUAGCAAUGAAACUAUUUCCGACUCUACCAGUGGUUCGAAAACUGCUUUUAAAAACUCCCCUGAGAUUCCUAGCCUGGAACAUCUUCGCAUUAUGAGGAACAGUCCUGAGAGUAGUAUCAAACAAGGAGGAAAUAGCGGAGUAUCAGCUAAUCAAACCGUUGAUGCGUCACUUUCGAGCAUUCCAACUAAGAAUUUGCCACCACGGAAACGCCACAUGCGUUCAUUAGUGUCGCCUCCUACCGUUCUGAAAAGUCCGUCCAAGUCAAGCACUGAGCGCAUUUCGACUCAUUCGUCUCCAUCCAAUGAACAGUAUCAACCUGAUACUUUCAUUCACUCAACUGCCUCAUCAAGUGAGCCUUCACAAAUAGAAUUACUGUCUAAAGACUCGCCUUUAAAUGGAACCAACAGUCUCACGAACGUUGAUCUAAAGAAACGAAAGGACAUGUUUGAUCCUUUAGAUGUUGUUCAACUGUCGAAGCGACAUGCCGUGGACAGGAUGAUCGCAUCCGCAAGAGACUCACCGUCCUCUUUAGAGUCUAUCCCAAGCUCAAACAGUGAUAACAGUAAUAGGGGUUCCCCAUUUACGAUUGAAGGUUCACUUCCAGAUAGUGGAAACAGUAGCGGGAAUAGUAGUCGUAGCGGUGAACCUUCCCCUUGCCAGCCUAUCAUGAAUCCGUCCAUCCUUCAGUCACGCCUUCAGCCAUCUCUACAGCAACAACUCCCGAUCCCAAGCAAUUUAACGAUGCCAACUCCAAGUGCACUUCUCCAGAGACCUGGAGACCUUCAGGCACAUUUGACAUUCCAACAAACAACUCGGUAUAGCAUCAGUCAGGAAAUGCUGACCCAAUACAACGGUCAGAUUCCACAGAUGCCACCACUGCAGCAGGUUCCUCGGUUCUUCUCACCUCAAGAUCCGUUGCCUCAUCCGCAGCUUAGCCAGAUAGUUCCCAACGGGACUCCUGCGCCAUUAAACACAAUCAAUCCAAAUUUUCCACAUUCUAAGACAUUUGACAUCAGAGGACCGAUUAUCCCGACCACGCAGACUCCUCCCAUCGGCGGAACUACCCUCCGUCCGAUCCCUCUGCAUUAUCAAAACGGCUUUGCCCAAGGAGGCUCACCACAUUUAGAACAAAGUCUACCUAGACAUGCAAUGCCUCACUCUGCAUUCCAAGAUCAGCCUCCUCAUCUCAUCAGACCAAUCCCGCCUCAAACUCUUGCCCAGAAUGUGUUUCUUCAGCUAACUAACCCACCUGCCAGUAACAUGUGGGUUCCUCCAACCUCGUCAGCUCAACACCAGGGUCUUGUCAACGGAUUUGCUGGAGCCACUCAGAAUUCUCUGCCCCAGCAACAACUGCUUCGGAAUCUUGCCGAUCCGGUGACCAACGUCACAGUCCAACCGCCUCCCACCACAACAACGGUCGAGUAUGCCCCACUCAAGCGGGCGCCGGGGAGAUCUCGCUUGAACAACCAUGUGUCCAGCGGACUAUCUAUGGGGGAUUCGACGUUCCUCUGCGAGGUCUGCAACAAGGUCUUUCCACUGCAGAGGCUUCUGAACCGUCACAUGAAGUGCCACAGCGCCACCAAGCGGUACAACUGUGCUUUCUGUGGGAAAGGAUUCAACGAUACCUUUGACUUGAAGAGACACGUCAGAACACACACAGGAGUACGCCCUUACAAGUGUGAAUGUGGGAAGGCCUUCACGCAGCGGUGCUCGCUCGAGUCCCAUCUCUCUAAAGUCCAUGGGGAACAGCAUCGGUACUGCUACAAGCAGCGCCGUUCCAAAAUAUUUGUCUGCGAGGAAUGCGGCAUCACGACAGAAACCGCCGACUUUCACUACGACCACAUCAAGGAAAUACAUCCUGACAGCACCGAGCUGCGCAAGUACCAGGACAAACUCCAGUUCCAGAAGCUGGUGAUGCAGCAAGAGGGUGCUGCGGAUGAAACCGCCGCGGACGGCAGGGGUGGUUUGAUGAGGAGCCGUCCGGAUCUGAGCCCAACAUCGGAGCUGAUGCUGUAUAGGGAGCAUGACGAAGCGGCACUACCGCUCCAGAACCGCGCCGAGCAGCAACGGCGGAUGAGCGAGCUGCGGUCAUCGGGGGACGUGUCGCCGGUAAGCAGCGGUAGUAGCGGUAGCGGCGAAGAUAGGAUGAUAACUGAAUAUCAACAUGAUUUCAAGACUGAAAGAGCAGAGGAAAUCACUCGCAGUGGUCACCAUAAUACUUCAUAACUAUACUCUUCUUAACCAUUCAUACUUGUGAAGCAAUAUCAACAGGAGGCCGUGUAAGUAAAUACCGAAGAUAACCCAUGAAAUAGAUGGACUUCGAAAACUUCGCAAGGAGGAGAAGUUAGCCUUAAUAGCCAUAAGCUUGACCUUAACAAAUCUAGUAUUCUCAUCUUUGUUAUCGUCUUGUGUGUUUAUGAUCAUCAUAUGCAAUAGAUAUCUCAAUUUUGUGAAUUUAUACAUUAUAUUUAUAUAUUCGGUUGCAAAGUCGGACAAUUAGAGAUAAAGCAAAGGUUGAGUACCCUUCACGAAUUCAAUAUAGAAGUAAGCAAAUUUGUUGGUGUGGGGAAAGAAAACUCAAAUAUUUGUUUGUUAUAAUAAGUCUUCCAGUUACUCUCUCAUCCAUUAUAUUUUGUAUAGAUAAUUAGGAUUUAGUGAACUGCACAUCUUGCUCCGGCAAUUGACAAUGUACAGAACUGUAUAGAUGGACAUAGAGAGAUACGAGUUCAAAUGACUGAGGUGCCGUUCAUGAAUUAAUCUCAACGAGCCUUGAAAAUUGCCAGUGUUUAUCCACAACUUACUGAAAUAUGAAUAGAUUUAUAAAGCAUUGUCUGUUGAAAGUCUGCCCUGUACAAUAUAACCAUAUCUGUAUUUGAAAUAGGGGCGAAGAAUAGAAGCCAUUUUUUUUGUUGUACCGAAUUGGCGAAUGAAAUGAUGAAUAUAUAUUAAAGGUAAAUCUAGAAUUCGGGAAGCGAAAUUUUUUAUUUCAUUUCCAUAGGUCAACAUUUUGGAAGGAAGGGUGGUGAUCUGUAAAGGCAUGCAGUGCCAAGAAAUGAACUUGCAGCCUCAGUGACGAAUGAUGAAUAAGAUGGAAGAGAAAAAUCCGGCAUUAUUAUUUUGGGUAACGUAAAAUUAAUGCAAUAUCUGGGGGGGGGGGGGUGGGGGGGGGGGGGGGGGGUCUUCAAAAUCAUCGGUGGUUAGGGUUAUAGCAAUUUUAAUCAAAUGUUAAGGGAUUGGUCCAAAGCCGUGUAUUGAAAUGAAAUCCCUAUUUCUAGAACUUAAUUCGUUGAUCGAACUGUGAUGCCGUACAAAUCAAAUCAUUCGUCAAAAAGGAAAAGAAAAUACAGCACAAACCACAUCUGUAACAAGAUGCAUGCGCUCAAUUCAUUAAUCGCUGUUUAUUGAGACUUGUAAUAAAUUCCUCAAGCAAUAAUGCACUGAAAUAUAAUGUCAUCGUCUGAAAUAUCUUACUGUGCAGU